UGUAAUGCGUCUUGGGAUUAAUUUUCCCCAUUAAAAAAAGUAUUUCGCCGGUGGCCAAUUAGAGAUGAAUUUAAGUAAUUUUAAUUGGUUACUCUGGUGCAGAUGAGACGCGCGGAGGGGAGUGAAUAUUCAUCGUUGAGCUAUAAGCGCGUGGGUGCUGCUGCUAUUGCUGCUGUUAUUGCUUCCGCUGUUGCUGCUGCUGAGGCUACUGCUGCUGCUGCUGCGUCUGUGCAUGCUGCAGCAGUAGAAGCAGCACGCUUAUCCAUUGCCCACUUGCUCGGCCGGAUGGCUCUAGCUGCACGUGAGUAGACGACGCGUUUGACGCUCGUUCACUCGCUCGCCCGCUCGCGGUGUCACCGCCACUCACUCGCAGGUGAGUUGUCGGGAAAGUGCCACGGUUGCGCGCAACGCGGAGUCAUUCACGAAAGCUGCAAGCGAGACACGGAGCGCCCUGCUGCUACUGCUGCCGCGCAUUCGGCUUGCAAUUUUACCACGUCAGGCAGGUGAGAUUUGGGAAGGAGGUGGAGUCGAUUUUACGCAUUCACGUUGAGGAUGCAGACAGAGAAACAGACGCACAGCGGGAGAGACAGAGAGUUCGGCACGGACGUGAUGAUGGUGGUCUAAAGAGAGGAGGGUUAUUCGGCUGUGGCAUCGGGUGGCACCUCAUCCAGCAGUGGAUGAGCAAAAUGUCUGUACGUUCUUUAGCGGAACACUCAAGACACUCUCGAAUGAGGUUGCCGUAGAUCCAUCGAUUAAAGAGAUAUAGACACUGGGUCAACACUGACGUGGGACUUUACACGAACGACACCCGGACGCUCGGACAGGCACGCCGUCACAUCACGCACAAGCAAGGGAAGCGCAUCGGAAUAAGCUAUUAGGAGCAGGGCACUGUGAACGCAGUAGCACGGUGCUGCGUGGCUCUAUACUACACAGAGCAGUGUGGAGAGCGUGGGACAGCGGCCAAGAAGAGUCGGCCACCCCAGUAUUGUAACGGAGCUCUGCGUUGACAGCGGCGACGAUCGAGGCUGCGCGAGUAGAGUCCGCAAUGGGAAAGACCGCGACACUUGCACGCCGAGCGCUGGGGUCGGCUGGCGUGUGACCAGUAUCGUAGCCGCAGCUAGAGCGAUAGGUUAUCCUGGAUGCGGUGUGCCGGGUGAGGACACAUUAUUUUCCUGGUCGGUGAUUGACACCGGAGUAGGUAGCACGUGACCUGUAGACACAGGCACAGCGAGAGAUAUACUGAGUGUGGUGUGCCGGGUGAAAUUGCACCCGCAGUUGCAGCCGGAACACCUGCAUCAGACGGAUAGCUGCUUCGAAGAUUCCUGCAACGCGGAACAACUGCAGCUCGGACAUCUACAUCAGAGGCGUACAGCUGGGACACAUGCAUCAGACAACAAACAGCCGUGACAACUGCAACAGAAACACAUUUAUCCGACACACAUGCAGCAAGACCACUUGCAAAAGAGACACCAAUACACGUGAGACACCGACAUUUAAGACGCCUGCAACGGAGACACCUGCAGCAGGACUGUCGUGCACCAGCCGUUGAAGACAUGUGAAACAGACACCUACAUUGAAAACAGCCGCAUGCGAACCACCUGCAACAGGACCAUCUUCAUCCGAGACACCUUCAUCUGAACCACCUGCAACAGGAUCAUCUGCAUCCGAACCACCUGCAACAGGACCAUCUUCAACCGAGACACCUUCAUCUGAACCACUUGCAAGAGGACCAUCUGCAUCCGAACCACCUGCAACAGGACCAUCUGCAUCCGAGACACCUUCAUCUGAACCACCUGCAACAGGACCAUCUGCAUCCGAACCACCUGCAACAGGACCAUCUUCAUACGAGACACCUUCAUCUGAACCACCUGCAACAGGAUCGUCUGCAUCCAAAGCAGCUGCAGCAGGACCAUCUACAUCCUAGACACCCGCAUCCGAACCACCUGCAACAGGACCAUCUGCAUCCGAACCACCUGCAACAGGACCAUCUGCAUCCGGACCACCUGCAACAGGACCAUCUGCAUCCGGACCACCUGCAACGGGACCAUCUGCAUCCGAACCACCUGCAACAGGACCAUCUGCAUCCGAGGACACCUGCAGCCAACGGCCAUCCUUGCAACAGCAGCCCCAGCAGCAGCCCCAGCAGCCGCCGCCGCCGCCGUGCCUGCGCACGUGUUCCCCAUGCGGCGCCUCUCGGACAUCAGCCCGCAGCUGGGGCAGCUGCGCUCGCUGCACGCAGCGCGCGAGACGUGGGGCUUCCCCGGGGCGGACGGCGUCCGCGCGUCUCGCUCCUUCCUCGACGUGCCCAGCGUCACGGGGGGACUCGCGUCCAUCGAGCAGCGCAUCAUGCGCAUUACGGGCAGCUGCUACGGCCACUUCGCCCCGCGGGCAGGGCUGGCGUGCAGCCGCAGAGAUUCCCUCCUCUCCUGCUCGCACCUGGGGAGGGCCAGGCACGACAGCCCAGAGCCAACAAGACUCGAGGACGAGACUCGGGAUGCGAGCGAGGCGAGCUCCGCCCGCUGCUGCUGCUGCUGCUGCUGCCCCGGCUGCCCCGUCCGCAGGGCGCCACCGUGCUCCAGCCGGGUGCUGGCACGGGUCGCCCUGGGAGGUCUCGUGUCGGUGUCCGUGGCCGGGUGUCUGGUGGGUGCCAGCCAGCUCGCCCGCCUCGCCUUCUGCAAGGUGUCGGCGCCCUUCUUCCUGGCGUGGUUUUCCACCGCCUGGAACGUGCUGCUAUUCCCCAUCUACUACGCCAUGCACGUGUUGAGCCACCGCGGCGACAAGCGCUCGCCCAUCAAGGUUUUUCGGGAGUGUUUGCGGCUGCGGGGAGAGGAGGGCGUCACGGCGCGCCUCUUCGUGAAGCGAGCGGCCCCCUUCUGCGCCCUGUGGCUCGCCACUCACUACCUGUACCUGCUGGCGCUCCGCAAGCUGCCGCCGAGCGACGCCUCGGCGCUCUUCUGCUGCAACAAGGCCUUCGUGUUCCUGCUGUCGUGGAUCGUGCUCAAGGACCGCUUCGUGGGCGUCAGGAUGGUGGCCGCCAUCCUGGCCAUUGCCGGUAUCGUGAUGAUGGUCUACGUGCAGUAUGUGGACGGAUUCAACCACGACUCCGUGGUCGGGGUGGCCCUGGCUGUCGGCUCCGCGUCCACGUCCGCCCUCUACAAGAUCCUGUGCAAGAUGCUGCUGGGCAGCGCCACGCUUGGCGAGGCGUCGCAGUUCCUCUCGUCGCUGGGACUCUUCGACCUGCUCUUCGUGUGGGUGCUGCCCGUCGCGCUGUACUUCACGCACGUCGAGUACUGGCCCUCGCCAGCCGCCCUGCCCUGGGGUCACGUGUGCGGAUUCGCCUGCCUGCUGCUCGUGUUCAACGUUCUGGUUAACUUUGGAGUGGUGGUCACCUACCCGAUAUUCAUCUCCCUGGGGGUGCUUCUCAGUGUGCCAGGAAACGCAGUGACGGACGCCCUGCGAUCCGACGUGGACUUCAGCGCCGUGCGGCUCAACGCAACCCUCCUCAUCUGCGCCGCCUUCGUGCUGCUGCUACUGCCCUCCGACUGGGACGAGGCGGUGCUGCGCCUGCUGAGGAGGAUGCGCGCCGCCCGCCAUCCCCGCGCCGGCCGGCCCGCCCGGCCGGCGACCCCGGGCGGCCGCGGGCCCGCGCCGCAGCAAGGAGAGCGGCCCCACGGGACGCCGCGCGCGGCCGGCACCGCACCAAGCGCCUCCGCCGCCGCCGAGGCCGCCGAGGCCGCCGCCGCCUCCCACGAAUGCCACCGGAUGGGCGAGUGCUCCAGUGUGAUGCAGGCCUUCCGCGCGGCCAAGCUGGCCAAGAGCGCAUUCUAGACGCCACAAACAGAACGGUGCUCGAGUCAAGGUUCGUGUUCACCCAUAUUCAUCUCUCGCACCUUCGAGGGUGCCGUUUUUGCCGAUGGCUGCAUGGCGUUUUGGAGCUCUGGGCCUGUGGUCAGCGACAGUGAUUUAGGGAAAAAAAAUUGCAUUGCAGCUUAAGCAGCACACUUUGUCUCCGUGUAAAGAUGACACGUAGUUGCGGUCUAUCAGCCUGUUUUAAGGUUAAUGCGUGGGCUUUCGCCGUUGUGCUGCAUAGGUCUCUGGGUUGUAUCGCGAGGACACAGGCAGCAGGUGGUGAGCAGAUGCCAACAGUUUCCCAAGCUUGUGUGGCCCUCUAUAUAUAAAGGCGUUUUUUAGCCAUUUAAUAAAUGUUUUAAUGUGGGAGAAAAGUGCACGCCCAGACAAAACCCAUGCGUGCACGGGGGAUCCCAUCCAUUUGGAACCGAUGGGAGUCCACGUUUGCUUUCCUGCCUUCUCCUGGCAAGCCAGGGUAAGGCACCUCAAUGCCCACAGGAUUUGUGAUAUACCAACCCUCCCCUCCGCAGUGUUGGAUUAUAGGCGUGUGCCACCACCGUCUGGAUCUGGCAUUGAUCCACCUGAUUAAACCGGAUUCUGAAGUUUAAUGAUUUGAUGGUCUCAGCUGAAUAUAAAUGACUGCCGAAAAAUGUAUAUUAAAUACGUUUUUGCAAUUUGAUUUGAUGAAAUUCUAACUCUGUGAAUGUCGGUUUGACCAAUUCCUGUUCUGAGAAUUGAAAAAAUGUGGAUUGUCACGUUACACUCUCAUAGCAGAGCUCGUGUGAAAGUGAGCCUUAUACUGUGUAAAGGAUUAAAAGGUCGCUUCCGGUGGAAAAAUAUAUAUAUAUAUUUUGUAGUCCAUUCUCGAAAUACUUCUGUGAGAUUCCCAAAUGGAUUAUUUGUAUCCUAGUAUGAUGCUGCUUACACAAGCGGGAAGUGUGUGGGGGGGAGGGGGGGCAUGUUUUUUACAUCAGUUUUCGUCGUCCACACACACGGGCACAAUGUGAUUUAAACACAUCUGAGAGUGGACAGUGCACACAUUUCCAUACAGAGUUGGCAGACUGCAAUUCUUCACGUCAAAUAUAUGAGCUGCACUCUGCAAAAUUAAACUGUGCCAUCCAUAAACAAGUGGACAGAUAAACAAUAGGCAAAUAUAUGGUUGUUGUUGUUGUUGUUAUUCACCUGAGCAAUGCCCACUAAUAUGACGAUUCCAAAAGAACUGGCAGUGUGUAUCCCAAAAAAAAAACCCAAAACAAAUGAUGCAGAAACCCUGCACAGAGUUGACAUGUAAAGUAGUGGCAUAGCAUGGUUGGCAUGGGCCUUGGUACCAACACUAACAUGGGAUCUCCUAUACAAUAUUUCUCCCUUCUCUGUAACUUGAGACUUGGGCAGUUCACUGCCUGCACACUCAGCAACGACUCCACUGCAUGUAAAUAGUUCACUGCAGGCCGGACGAACAGGCGGUGAGUGUAGACCCAUCGCAUAGAAGGCAGCAAUUCAAAGGCGCGAGAGGAAUUGGAGGGAAGGGAGAGAGCCCUCUGACAUUAUUUUACAUCUCACCUCGGUCAAACUGCAUCCACUGCGAUAAAAAAAAACUGAAUAACAGCUCCAAAGAUAGGGCAGAGCAGAAACGGAUCGUGGCUAUCGCUUUGUGCGGGGAAAAUAAUAUGUAUCGAAAUGUAAAUACAUAUUUAAGUAUGUAACACUACGUUGCAUAGAUAUAUACAGUAUAGUGCAUAUACCUCGUACCAAUUUCUAAGCAGCAUAAAUUUAGAUGUAAUUUAUUCAACAGAUAUACUGUACAGUUUGCAUAUAUCGCAUCAACAAUUUACAAUGCAUGCUCAUAUAACACGAUUAUUAGCAGCGUGCCAUAGUUAACACAGUGCAGGCAAUGAGAAAUAAACCCAACUCACACGACAGAAUGACCACCCUUAGGAGGAUACAACUGUGCAACAUCAGUGCAGGAAUCACCAUUCAGAUGCUUCUGUAACUUAACUUAGCGGUAAUGGUUUUACAACGAUUUUGUUCGAAGCAACGACAAGAAAUGCUUUUUAUUUAAUGAUUGAUGUUUGUGUGCUGUUUUAAACCUCUGCUGUAACUUGCUCUUGACUUGUAUUCGCUAUAUUGUUGGACUGUGUUUAAUUGCUUUUUGUGAGUAUGAUUACCCUGGUGGCUCUUGCAAACGAGACUAUUCUGGUCUCUGGAUAAGAUUCCAUCAUGGAUGUAUGUUGGACUUAUUUCGCACCGUACGUAGCCAUCCGUGCCCAUCGGCGGUGGCAGUUUGCACUGCACUGGGCAUUGGGGUGGCACCCACCUAAAUAUGUUGACCUUUUUUUCCUUAAAAAAUAUAACGCUUAAAUAUACUUCUGUUACACAUUCGUAAACAUUAAAGUACCGUAACAACAAGUGGGUAAUUUAAGCGAAGAUUUGUUUUUGUUAAUUUUGCCUCGAUUCGAAUGGAAUUCAAACGGCACCACAAUAUAUUUGGUGCUCGGGUCUCGUCGUCGCCCCAAUGAGAUGGAUAUUCUGAUCUCAUUGUCCGAUUCAAAUCCCUCCCACGGAGUGCCACAGUGAAGGCGCUGCAGAAAGAUGUAACCCUAGCCUUGGCCAGUCACAAGCCAUUGUUCCAAGGCCACCGAUGUAGGGACAGCUCUACACACGAUCACAAUGCUGCCGUACGUAUAUAUAACCCAAAGCAAUGAGCCUUACAGUCGUAUUGAAACUUCUACUGUGUGAGAUUCGCCUUGUAAAUGGCAUAUCCUGAAAAGAACGCGAGAAAACAUAGGCGUAAUAAUUAUAGGUACGACAAUGCAUCUAUUGAUAUAUAGAUUAAUAUUGUAUCUGUACCUAUACUUCAUGGAAUCUAAUCGAAUGGCACAUGUAAAGAUCGCUGUUUUUCAAUGUAUAUCUUGUAUGUAAUAGCUUCACGUGAUUCCCUUCAGCCACUCGAGGCCACUACAUUCAGUAAUAAACAAUAAUUGAUUCUUGAA